UGGAGCGUCGCAGCAGCCAAAAGCUCCGGGAAAGUUUCUUUGGAGGUCCGGUGGGGAGCAGCCAUGUCCCACGGCCCCAAACAGCCCGGCGCGGCAGCCGCGCCGGCGGGCGGCAAAGCUCCGGGCCAGCAUGGGGCUUUCGUGGUGGCUGUCAAACAAGAGCGAGGCGAGGGCCCUAGGGCUGGAGAGAAGGGAACCCACGAGGAGGAGCCCGUGAAGAAGCGAGGCUGGCCCAAGGGCAAGAAGCGGAAGAAGAUUCUGCCCAAUGGGCCCAAGGCACCUGUCACGGGCUAUGUGCGCUUCCUGAAUGAGCGCCGGGAGCAGAUCCGCACGCGCCACCCAGACCUGCCUUUCCCCGAGAUCACCAAGAUGCUGGGCGCUGAGUGGAGCAAGCUACAGCCAGCCGAGAAGCAGCGGUACCUGGAUGAGGCUGAGCGGGAGAAGCAGCUGUACAUGAAGGAGCUGCGGGCCUACCAGCAGUCGGAGGCCUACAAGAUGUGCACUGAGAAGAUCCAGGAAAAGAAGAUCAAAAAAGAGGACUCAGGCUCGGGGCUCAUGAACACCCUGUUGAAUGGACACAAGGGUGGGGACUGCGACGGCUUCUCCACCUUUGACGUCCCCAUCUUCACUGAAGAGUUCUUGGACCAAAAUAAAGCGCGGGAGGCAGAGCUGAGGCGCCUGCGGAAGAUGAACGUGGCCUUCGAGGAGCAGAACGCCGUGCUGCAGCGGCACACGCAGAGCAUGAGCAGCGCGCGCGAGCGCCUGGAGCAGGAGCUGGCGCUGGAGGAGCGGCGGACGCUGGCGCUGCAGCAGCAGCUGCAGGCGGUGCGCCAGGCGCUCACGGCCAGCUUCGCCUCGCUGCCUGUGCCCGGCACGGGCGAGACGCCCACGCUCAGCACCCUGGACUUCUACAUGGCGCGGCUACACGACGCCAUCGAGCGCGACCCCGCCCGACACGAGAAACUCAUCGUCCGCAUCAAGGAGAUCCUGGCCCAGGUCGCCAGUGAACACCUGUGAAGGUGUCGGCCCCCACGGCUCCGGAGAAGACAAAGCUGUGGGCCCGGCCCUCUCCUGCCCCGCCCCAUGGAGGAGGGGCCAGGGGUCCGCCUUUGGGGCCAGCCCGAUCCUGCACCUUGGGGGCUCUAGCUCCCCAAAAUUAAAUUUCUACACCACCCCCUGUAGCUUUUAACCUCUGCAGCACUCACCCGG